AUGUCGCUAGUGUCGGCCGACGAUGAGUGCAGCGGCGGGCGAGCUGGUGGAGUGAGGACGGCGCCGCAGCACGAGCCACGCGAACGAUACCAUCACGACAAUGAGAAGAAAAAAACUAAUGUCCCCAAAACAGAGUUAUUGAGCUGUCCCGUGGUGACGGCUAAUUGUUUGACGGACAGAGACGGAGAUAUAGAUCUACACGGGACGGACAGGGACGGAGAACCACCCUCUAUAAAUAAUCCGGCUCCUAAUGCGCAGGCGCCAGGUCAGCCCUUACUGAGAGACUGA